AUUUUUGAUGAGCUGCAUGUUUCCUUGUGCAUAUCUUGUGCUUAGAGAGCAAAGUGGACAUACUCUCGCUGUCUCCAAGGGUCAUUUGGUAGAGUCCGAGUUGAGAGUCUGUUGGAUUCAUUUGGAUUGUCGGAAGAGGAUAUGGUAGUGAAGGGAGGGGAAAACAACGCAGCUGGGAUUGGGAGGAAAGCAAUUUAAGCUAUUAAGCCUAUCCAAACACAGGGCAGGAAUCACUCUUUUCCUGCUGAUGCUUUCUACAGAAGAAUUUCUUUCAAGCAACACUGUUUUCUGUGGGUCUGUCUUCGGAACAGCUUUGAGAAAAGCCUGCUGCUCAUUACAAGACACAGUUUGGAAAGAGAAGGGGAAACAAAAUGCUUCAUUGCACUGCAGUGUUGAUUGUGUUCUUGGAAGUCAUACGCAGAAGGAAAGUAAACUGUAAAAACUGACAAGCUCAACGGAUCUAGCCGAGCCUUUCUUUUUAGCUUGGUGUUUGCUUCGUCGUUGGAGGAAGAUUUGCCUCCACUGUAAGUGCCCCCAGGAGGAGCAUAUUGUGACAGUGAUGCCUUUGGAGAUGGAGAAGACUGUCAGCAAACUCAUGUUUGACUUCCAGAGGAAUUCCGCAUCAGACGAUGACUCGGGCUGUGCCCUGGAAGAGUAUGCUUGGGUUCCACCUGGUUUAAAGCCAGAGCAGGUUCACCAGUAUUAUAGCUGUCUUCCAGAAGAGAAGGUGCCCUAUGUAAAUAGUCCCGGAGAGAAAUUAAGAAUAAAACAGCUUCUACACCAGCUACCACCACAUGACAAUGAGGUUCGAUACUGUAAUUCACUGGAUGAGGAAGAAAAGAGGGAGCUGAAACUUUUCAGCAAUCAAAGAAAACGAGAGAAUUUAGGCCGAGGAAAUGUCAGGCCUUUCCCCGUAACAAUGACUGGAGCCAUUUGCGAACAGUGCGGAGGCCAGAUUAAUGGAGGAGAUAUAGCUGUGUUUGCAUCCAGAGCAGGACAUGGCAUUUGCUGGCAUCCACCAUGCUUCAUGUGCACAGUCUGUAAUGAAUUGCUGGUCGACCUUAUAUACUUCUACCAAGAUGGGAAAAUCUAUUGUGGCAGACACCAUGCCGAAUGCCUGAAACCUCGAUGUGCAGCAUGCGAUGAGAUCAUUUUUGCAGAUGAGUGCACGGAAGCUGAAGGAAGACACUGGCAUAUGAAACACUUCUGCUGCUUUGAAUGUGAAACAGUGCUAGGAGGGCAGAGGUACAUCAUGAAGGAAGGAAGGCCUUACUGUUGCAACUGCUUUGAAUCCUUGUACGCUGAAUAUUGUGACACCUGUGCCCAGCACAUCGGCAUUGACCAGGGCCAGAUGACUUAUGAUGGCCAACACUGGCAUGCGACCGAAACCUGUUUCUGCUGUGCUCAUUGCAAGAAAUCUUUGCUCGGGCGCCCUUUCCUACCAAAACAAGGUCAGAUCUUCUGCUCCCGAGCCUGCAGUGCAGGAGAGGAUCCCAACGGCUCCGACUCAUCCGAUUCAGCAUUCCAGAACGCCAGGGCCAAAGAAUCCCGGCGUAGUGCCAAGAUUGGCAAGAACAAAGGCAAAGCAGAAGAGGCCAUGCUCAACCCAUGUGGCCAGCUGCAGGUGACAUCCAAUCGCCUCUCAGCUGAUGUAGAUCCACUGUCACUGCAGAUGGAUUUGCUCAGCCUGUCAAGCCAGACACCCAGCCUCAACAGGGACCACAUAUGGAGAAGCCGAGAUGAGCUUUACCAUUACGGCAAUAAAAUGGAACAAAGUCAGUCACAGAGCCCCUUGCAGCUCCUCAGCCAGUGUAACAUCAGAACGUCCUAUAGCCCUGGGCAGGUGGCAGGGGCUCAGCCAGAUUUAUGGGGAAAGCAUUUUGGUAAUCCAAAGAGAAGCUCGUCUUUGGCGUUGAAAGGGCAUAGUGGUAGCUUCAUUAAGGAAUGCAGGGAAGAUUAUUACCCAGGAAGACUUAGAUCCCAGGAGAGCUAUAGUGAUAUGUCCAAUCAGAGCUUUAAUGAGGCAAGAGGCAGUAUUAAAGUCCCAAAAUAUGAUGAAGAAGAGGGGGAAAGUGGCAUGCCGACUCAGCAGUGUCGAACCAGGCACCCUAUCAAUGCACUUAAAUUCACUGAGGAUCUGACUCCUACUGAACAAACCCCCCGGGGCUCAAUGGAGUCGCUGGCCCUUUCCAAUGCAACAGGACUCUCCGCUGAUGGUGGUGCCAAACGCCAGGAACACCUGUCCCGAUUUUCAAUGCCUGACCUGAGCAAAGACUCUGGGAUGAAUGUCUCGGAGAAAAUGAGUAACAUGGGAACUCUCAAUUCCUCCAUGCAGUUUCGAAGUGCAGAGUCUGUUCGCAGUUUACUCUCUGCGCAACAGUACCAAGACAUGGAGGGCAACCUCCACCAGCUGGCUAAUCCUAUUGGGUACCGAGACCUGCAAUCCCAUGGAAGAAUGCACCAGAGCUUUGACUUUGAAGGGGGGAUGGGAGGCAGCAAGCUGCCCGGGCAGGAAGGGGUCAGGCUUCCACCAAUGAGUGAACGUACCCGGCGACGAACUAGCAGCCGCGAUGACAACCGCCGUUUCCGCCCUCACCGGUCCAGACGCUCCCGGCGUUCUCGCUCAGACAAUGCUCUCCAUCUAGCCAGUGAACGAGAGGCUCUCUGUCGGUUGAAAGAGAGACCUGCCCUGAGAGCCAGAGAGGACUAUGACCAAUUCAUGCGCCAGAGAAGCUGCCAAGAGCCCAUGGAGCCGGGCCCGCGAAGAGAGCUUUACAGCCAGUGCCCACGGACUGUGUCGGACCUGGCUUUGCAGAAUGCCUUUGGGGAGAGAUGGAGGCCCUAUUUUGCUGAGUAUGACUGGUGCUCCACUUGUUCCUCCUCUUCUGAAUCUGACAACGAGGGUUAUUUCCUAGGAGAACCCAUCCCACAGCCAGCUCGCCUGCGCUAUGUCACCAGCGAGGAGCUGCUGCACAAAUACGGCUCGUAUGGUGUCCCCAAGUCUUCUACGUUAGGGGGCAGAGGACAGCUACACAGCAGGAAAAGACAAAAGAGCAAAAAUUGUAUCAUAUCCUAAUCACUUGGGGCAAGUGUGUGCUGGGAAUGUACAUUCAUAAACUUGCACUGUUUUUGAUUUUAGAGUGCUUUUUUUAAACAAAAAGCCUUGACGAUUGAGAUGGAGGCAAGUUUACAGAUUAGUUUCUAUAUGUACUCGUACUUCUUGGCAUGGUGGGGUUUUUUUGUUUUUGUUUGUUUGUUUGCACAUCUCACUUUGGAAACACUUUAAACCGUGAUAUUAUUUAGAUUGUUCUGGUCCUUCCACCUCCUUCCAUCAGAUCCAUGUUUAGCUACCACUCUCUUCCACUAUAACUGUUUGCUGCUCACAUACACUCUUCUGUUCUCUCAUUUUCAUUUACUCCUUUUCAGUAAGUACUUUGUUUAAGACAGUAUCCAAGACUAAGUUAUUUGCAUAUUCAUUGUAAAUGCAAUGUAAAUGAGAGUUCUGAUCAAAUAUUUUUGUAUUUUGUAAUAUCAGAGGCAUUUCUAUAUCUUAGAAAUCAGUGGGAAAUUGCAUGCACAUCCAACAUUGUCUUCAAGUAGAAUUAAAAGGUGGUUCUUCACCAUAACUUUUAAAUUCUACAUCAAACCUAUUAUGUAUCGAGACAGUUUUCAAAAGACUACAGUUUGGCUUUUUUGAGGCUGGAAAAUUAUAUAUACAUAUACACACACACACACACACACACACACAUAUAUGUGUAUACAUAAAUAUGUGUAUAUAUAUGUAUGUAAGCCUAGAUACAUAUAUUAUGCAUACACAGCAUUUUAUAAUUCAUUCAGUUUUAAGGAGCCUCAAACUUUCUGAAGUUUGCUCAUACUUUCAGUAGAAUGGAUUCUCUGUCAAGUGACAGGAGAGUUUGAAAAUUGCAAAUUAAACUUUUAGGAAUUUGAGAAACUAGCCAAUAUCAGUAAAAAAGAAGACAACCAAGUUUGACAAGGAAUGACAUCUCUACAGAGAACCUUGAAAUUGCUUAUCUUUGAGCUAUUACUUGGGGACAUUAAAAAUGUAAAUGGUGCAAUUGUGUGGUGUCAGCAUGAUGUUGUUUUGAGUAUGGAAUUGUUUUUUGGUGCUGUUGUUUCCCGGAUUAUGUUAUCUGCUUUCCUUUCCUGAGGCAGCGGGAAUGCUGCCUUAGACCAAGAACCUAUUUACCUUAAAGCGAAGGAGUAAUUGGAACUAAUGCAAACGAAAAGCAUCACAUGAAGUGUGGCUCAUUUCGGAAUUCAUUUCUUUCGUGCUUUAAACCAAUGGGUCAGUACACUGCAGGUAGUCGGGCCUCAGAGAAAGGGGCAGGGGGCUGAGGGGAUGACGUGGGGAGAGAGAAGAGCUUUCACCACUUAUCUACAGUCAAAUGAGAUGUGGCUCCAUGAGGUGCCUGCACAGUUUACUGGGGUGAAGGAAAAUGGCUGUGUCAGUUCACCCUUGCCCUGUAGACAGUUCUGAAUAUAGGAAAUUUCAGAGCCAUUGUAUGUAGAGCACAGAAUAAGGCUAAGAAGAGUGUGUUGAUUCCACUUGCAUUGAAAGAAGUCUCAAUGUAAAAGCAGGAUUUCCAGGUAGAAUACUUGGAAUGUUGACCCAAGGGAAACAAGACCAAAAGGUGUGUCUCUGCUAAAAACAGACCAGCUGUGGUGGUGCUGUUUUAUUGAAAUCGAUUUUCUGCUUUGAUUCUUUUUAAACUGAAGUCCAGUGAAAUACCUAUCAUUUGUCUUUCCCCACCUUUUUCCCCUACCUCCUAAAAAAAACAAAAAAAACAAAAAAAAAAAAACUGUGCAGUUAAAAUAAUCCAGCUGAGGACCAACAUUUUAUUGAACUAUACCGUAAGUGUAAUAUGUGUAGUAUCUAACUGGUAAUCUGCCAUGUUGAGGUGAAUGUGGUUACUUUUCAGUAUAAUGCAUUCGUUUUCUAGUAUUUUUAUUAAGCGAAAGUGAGACAUGGAUUUUCAGACACCAUCCAAAAAUGGGUCUGCAAAAAAGAAGGCUAAAGAACCGCUGCUUUAAAGUACAUAUAUGGCACUCAAUGCAGGAUAUAUGAAAUAAUUUGCUUUUUGGGUAUAAAUAUAACAUUUAACUCAUUGUCAUUGAUUUAAAAAAUUCAGAUGUUGGUUGUGGCAGUUUUCUGCAUGCUAUGUUUCAUAUUUAAGCGCUUCAUUAAUUAUCUGAGCCUCUGGAAAAUUCAAUGUUAUGUUUGUAUAGUAAGUUUGUAAACUGCUUGGCAAACUGAUUAAGAAAUAAUGUGCACACCACUCUAGUAAGUGGAUGAUUUCUGAUUAGAUGAAAAGACUUUGGAGUUCUGACCUAGUUAAUGGAAAUGAAAAGGCAUUUUGAUGAAGUGAUUAUCACUGGAGGAGUGGAGGGAGGAAAGACAAAAUGGUGUUAGAGUUGUUCAAAUUGUGCCUCAAAUUGCCAGUACUGUGCCUCCAUUUCCAAUGAACAAUUUAUUGGAAGUUUGCAUCCAAGUAAUCCUAAAGCAUUCCUCUCUUUCCCAAAUAAAGUUUCAUCAACUAGAAGAUACAUUAGCAAACAGAUCAGUCCCACCAAAUGAAAUAAUUUCAAAUUUCAUUAGCUCAUCUAUAGGAGGUGACACCCAAAAGACCUGAAAUGAAAAUGCUGACUAAUUCUAAAGAUUUAUUGCAUUUCUCUUUUCCGGUCAAGAUUUCCCAUUUAUUCAUAAAUAGUAAGAGAUUACCUUCAGUACUUUACUAAUUCAAUGAUCAUCAGUUAUACUCACCGGCUGCACUUGGAGAAUAGGCACUGCUGUACUACUCUUUUCAUGGACCAUUUUUAUUUUGCACAGGAAGCCCAUCCCAAGAGGUGAUCCUUCCUGGGACCCUCAGGUCCUGUAGAUGCCAACUUUACUUCUCUCUUAACCAACAUUGCAAAUUUCAUCUCUGCAGAAUUGAAGAGUAAAGAUUAUCUGCUGUGGCCACAGAAUUCAGUAGAGACUGAGCUCUUUGCCAAGAGAAGUAAAUUGAACAGUUGGAAAGCAUUCAGUCUGGCAACCAAAAUAGGCACAACAGUAAGAUUACAUCUUUGAAAAACAUUUAGACUUGAUAAGGGUGAUUCUAAAGGUCCUGUACUUGAAAUAACUGGCUACUUGAAGGAUAAUUUUUGAAGAGAGAGAUUCAGGAUCAAAUUGUGCUAUAAAUGUACAUGAGAAACUUCCAGAGCAAAGGUCUUAGUUGUCUUUUAUGGCUUUGUUCUAGAAACUCUGUUUCUCAUGCAAAGGCAAGAGGCCCUCUGAUAGCAUUCAGUACACAGGGCAAAGCUGGGUAAUGCGAAUGAAGGAAGAGAAAUUAGCAGAGGGUUCCCAUAAUCCCACCCUCCCAGUGCCAGAAGAAAUCACUUUAUUGUUAGCUACACAAUUUCCAUAUCGCCAUCCACCACCUCUCCCUUCCUUAGUCCCAGUCCACAUUUACCCUCCCCAUUACUUGGUCCCUUUGCAGCUGCUCUUGCUUCCUGCCCAGUGGAAAUCUUGUGUGAUGUGUUCUGGAAAGAAAAAUGUCAACUGGUGAAGAACACCCAAUGUACUUUUCAAUCUUUCUGCCCUUGUAUUCUGCUUUUUAGUAUCUUGUGUAGGUAGUGCAUGGUUGAGUUCAAGCAAGACUCUCUUAAAGUUGGGGACUAGGUAUUCUCCAUGCUAAUCCAUCCUAAAAUAGCACACUUCUAAGCAGAAAAGCCCUGUUGGAGGGUGGCCAUGUCAGCCUACCAAAGAGAGACCAUUUUGAUUAAGAAAAAAUGGUAAUUCGUUUCUUCAGACACUUUCUUUGCCAACUUGUCUGAAGGCCAAUUAUUUGACUCUCAUGAGGCUUUUGCCUCAAAUUAAAAGUGGGGCCAUUGAGCUUUGUAUCCCCAAAUUGGGAUAGAAAUUAUCCAUUCUGUAUUAGAGCUCCUAGAGUAGGAUAUGGAUUUAGGAACUCCACCCAGGAUCCAAGUUUGAGAUCUGUGCAGGCCCCAGUCAUGAUUCCCAAACAAGCUAACUAUCAUAAUCGGGACUAAAUAAGUACCCCAAAUUGAAAAGGGUCACACAGAAAACACUCGAGGUAAUAUAGAAAGCCCCAGGGGCUCAAGACCAUCAGGGCCAAGCUAAAAAUCUGACUAACAGGUCAGACAGCAUGAGCUUUGGUCAUACGGCUGCCUUAGAGCUUGCUUGGGGAAAUGCCUGGAAACAGGGUUCCCUCUAUGAUAAGCCAAAUUAACCCUCCCUAACUUCACUUCUGGUCUUAAGUCGAGAAAUGUACUUUACUGCAUGAAGAUCUCUUCUGGCUAGGUCUCAGGGGACUAGGCAGACACAGUACACCACAGCAAGGUCAAAACCGACUGCCUUUUUUUAGCCCCAUCCCCAGAAAAACUCGACCUCACCCCCAAGAAGGAUGGAGCUUUCCCAUCAUUGGCAGAGGAGUCAGUAUCCUCCCAGAAUGUCCCAGUGGGUUCUGGAAAUUGUAAGUAAAGCUAACUCCUUUGUCCUUUGCUACAGCUGUGAUCCUGUUUGCUAACCAACUUUUGGGGAAUUAUUUUCCUAUUUUAUUCUUAAUCACUGUUCUAUUUCCAACUGGAAUUUAAGGACAAAAAUUAUCAGAAAUACUAAAGCCCCAUACAAGUUGAUUUUUAUGUUUUUCCACUAGAAACUAGAAGAAAUGUGAACCUCCAAAAAAAGAGGCCAUUUCUAUUCUACUUGGGGUUGCGGGAAGAGAAUUGGAAAUGAAGUGGAGCAGUUAUUCAAUUGUCAGAUCGCAAAAUGCUAAAUUACUAUUGAGAAAAUUUACGAGAAAAUUAAUUACUCAACUCUCCACUUCACUUUGCCUGGCUUAAUGCAGGAAGGAAAAUCUGGAAUUUAAGAUUGCCAUCAACACUUUCAAUGGCUUAGAAUAAGUUGUGAAAGGGAUUAAAAUUUGGGGAAACUAAUGCCAAAUGUUUCAGUUUCCUUAUUCACUAAAUACAAUGUGGUCUAAAAUGAUGUAUCCAGAAAGAAUCCAUUGGAACUAACUUCCGACCCAAGAUAGUUUUUCAGGUUUGGAAAUGAUGGAACAUGUGGUAAUUCUUGCAGAUUAGUGGAGAAUGUAUCCAUUCUCUGCGUGACUAGUUCAUAGUUCCUACAAUCAGCAAAGGUAGUACUAGGUCAGGAAACAUUAUAUGCCUUUUCUACUUUCUCAUAAUAUUCAGAUUGGUAACACUAAUCAGUACUAAAAUCCCAUAAGAGAUUUGACUGGUUUGAGCCGUAAUAUUUAAUAAACUUAUUUCCUGCUGGCAAAACUAGAUUACCUGGGGAAAAAUGUUUGUAAUAAAGGCAAUAAAGCCAGAGAGUUGAGAUGUGUUACCCAAGGGAAAACAUGAGCUAAUGACCUCUCCCAUUGAGGAUGAGGAAUUUCUAGAAUGUCACUGCCCCUAUUGAAGAUUAUGUAUUGCACAGUGGCUGAUAACAGUCCAUUGCCCUGGACUUGUCUAUAAUUAGAUUAUGCAUAACAUUGUGUAACAAGGACACUUUAUUAACAAAAAAGCUUCAGUUGAAAGGAAUUUCCCCUUUCUGUGUGCUUCUCCCAAUUUAUCUACUAGGCACAUUUUCACUAGCUUGCAGCCAAACCCACAAGUGACAGAGUUUGGUUAUAUUUUUAGGAACUUUGAAAAUUACAGCAUUGGCAUUUUUCCCCAUCCCGGACACUAGGAUUCCUUCAUUAAGGGGAUUUUUUCCCUCCUUUCCUCAUGCUUUAUUUCAAAUGCAUAAACAAAAUCUCAAAGGAACUGAGCAGGCGAGGUGGAGCUAAUUCUGUGCUGGAGAGUUUAAAAAAAAUGCCAAGCUAUGUGUUUAGAGUCUGCUUUGGGCCUUGAAUAUAGGCUGUCUGCCAGAGACUAUUUGAACAUUUUGCUUGAGCUCUGUGCCCUGUGAAAUGGAUAUUCGUUUUACUGAUGUCUGUAACACAUUUGUAAACUUCCAAUAAAAUUUGAAUAAAAGAAAUGAUGCCAUCUUUCCCAGAA